CCCUGUUCGGGGGUUGAAAUGCGAUUACACCAUCGCUGUAAACACGCACUCAGUCUUGUAUGUGCGAAGCUGUCUGUCUUUCAGGAAUUAAGAUAUUCUGAAUAGUACUUUGGGAGUUUAACGAGAUCACUGUGGGCUCAUCUCCGCUACGGAAUGGACAUAUGUUGUAGUAGCUCUGUGUGUGAAGGUAACGGUACUGGAAAUAUGACCUUGCGAUAACGGCAGCCACAGACAGCGGGUCGGGCUUGGUUAGAGGUCUGUUACAGGACUUUAUGGUGUAGGCUAAUGGCGCAGGUGAAUGAAGCCUCUUGAAAUAAAGUCACACGUUCGAUUGACUGGCACAAGCAACACUUCUGCUCUGCGCAUGCAUUUAUGGAUCGCUAUCAUGGACUUUCGCUUGACAUUUGCCCCUGUAGGCAAAUUGAGGUAGCCGUAUAGUUGCCUCCAACAGAACCUGUGACCUUUCUCCGUUUUUGAAUGCCUUGUUUUACACUUUUUUACGUUGAUUAGUUGAUGGACAAGAGCCAAUGUCACUGCGCAACAAUGUUUCUAUCUCGAGCUCUGGUAACGUUGGUGCUACUUGAGACUGUAACAUUUCGCGGUACUCAAUCAAAUACGUUACCUAGUAACCGUUUAGGAUUGCUGGACGAUGCCGAUUUGCAGGAAUAUCUGCUGGCGGAAAGUCAUAUGAACUCAAAUAAGACAGAGAUGGAGAAGCCACAAGAGAAGCUGUCUCCUUUGAACACAACCACAGUAUCGUCUCACUCCUCACUUAUAAGUCCAGAGCACCACCAUGGUAGUAGGCACGGCAAGCCACUGGAGAGGACCAGGCCCUUUGUCGUAGUGGACGGACACAAGAGAAGUCUGAGUGAGGCCUUGCAGAACGGUCACCCAGACAAGCUACAGUGUGGUCUUCAAUUUGGAGGCAGCAUCUAUCUUUUGGACCUGGAGAAAAACCAUGAUCUCCUGCCCAAGCCCCCCAAUGUCUUCUACUACCUCCCUAAUGGCACUGGGGUUUCUUUAGAGGAGAGCACAGUGACUCACUGCUACUACCACGGCUCAGUGAGGGGCUUCCCACAGUCCAGGGUGGCUCUCAGUACCUGCUCUGGACUCAGGGGUGUGGUGGCUAUCAACUCCACCCUGAGCUUUGAGCUGCAGCCUGAGGAAGACCACGAGGAGGGGGCAGAGGAGAGUGGAGGGGAGGAGGAGGAGGGGAUGCACCUGCUUUACUCCACCAGACCUCUGGAGAGGGGUAAUGUUGGGGGCUGUGGGGUGUCCCAUACACCUGUACCCCCCAUCCACAUCCCACCACAAGUCCCACACAGGAGUAAAAGGGACAUUCUCUCAGAGACCAAGUACAUAGAGCUUGUGCUUGUAGCUGAUCACGAAGAGUACCUUAACUACCAGAAAAUCAACAAGACUAUCAUCUAUCGAAUGCUGGAUGUGGCCAACCAAGUAGACUGGUUCUACCGGCCGCUGAGUGUGCGUGUGGCUCUAACUGGACUGGAGAUCUGGAGUGAUCAGGAUAAGAUCCAGGUUGACAAGAGUCCUUCAGACACCCUCAACCGCUUCCUGGAGUGGCGCACCAGAGAGCUGCUGCCCCGCCUGCACCACGACAAUGCUCAGCUCAUUAUGGGGGAGUCAUUUGAUGGAACUACAGUGGGAAUGGCAUCUCAGUCUUCCAUGUGCUCCAAGGACCGGUCAGGAGGGGUCAAUGUGGAUCACCUGGUCAGUGUACUGGGGGUGGCGUCCACCAUUGCCCAUGAGCUCGGGCACAAUCUGGGCAUGAAUCAUGACACGGCCGACCGGCGCUGCCAGUGUCAGAACGAGCCACGCCUGGGAGGCUGCAUCAUGGAGCCAUCUACUGGGUUCAUGCCAGGCCAGCUGUUCAGCAGCUGCAGUGCCAGAGACCUGUCCCUCAGCCUGCUCCAUGGUGGGGGGAUGUGCCUCUUCAACAUGCCCCAGCCUGAGAAACUGCUGGGGGGGCCACGCUGUGGAAACCUCUACGUGGAGAAGGGAGAGGAGUGUGACUGCGGCCUGCUGGAUGAGUGUAACGAUCCCUGCUGCAACGCCACCACCUGUAAACUGGUUCCUGGGGCCCAGUGUUCCUCCGAUGGCAUCUGUUGUGACAACUGCAAGCUGCGUUCAGGUGGAUGGAUGUGUCGGCAGCCCCUGGGGGAGUGUGACCUCCCAGAGCACUGCACCGGUACCUCUCCCUACUGCCCCCCCAACGUGUUCCUGCAGAACGGCGAGCCCUGCGAGGAAGGCUCCUCCUACUGCUACAGCGGGGUCUGCGCCAGCUUCAACACACAGUGCCAGAUGUUGUGGGGACCUAAUUCCACAAGGGCUCCGCCUGUCUGCUUUUCCUCUGUCAACAAACAGGGCAACAAAUACGGCAACUGUGGCCAGAUGCCAAACGGAACCUACAUCCCCUGCCCUAGCAAAGAUGUGCAUUGUGGGAGGCUCCAGUGCCAGGGAGGCAACGACCGUCCGUUGCUAGGCACCAGCGCUGAGAUCCUGACCACCAAAGUAAAAUUUAACUACAGCGACUUUGUCUGCCGUGGAACCUACUUCCACCUUGGCGACGACGUCUCCGACCCUGCUAUGGUGGCACAGGGCACCGCGUGUGGUCUUGGCAAGGCCUGUUGGAACCAGCGGUGUCAGGAUGUGUCUUUGUUCGGCGUCGACGAUUGUCAGAGCAAAUGCAACGGACACGGGGUGUGCAACAGCAAUAAGAACUGCCACUGUGAUGUGGGUUGGGCUCCUCCAGACUGUAGGUACACGGGCCAUGGAGGCAGUGUGGACAGUGGCCCUGCAAGAGCACCUAGAGGAUCUAACCCGGCACGUGUGGCCUUGCUGGUCAUCUUCCUCUUCGUCCUGCCAGUGGUUCUCCUCUUCCUCGCCCUGCGUUUCCCCCGGUGUCACCGCAACCUGCCCUGCCUGGGCACUACCAGCCUCUUCCACAAGGGCACCGGACGCCAACAGAGCCGUGUGGCCCAGGGUGAGAGUUGGGGCCUGGUGUUUGCCGUGGAACAGGCUAAAAGGACCCCGGCCACAGAGCGAGUGGAUGCUCGUAACGGGGAGCAGGUCCAACCACUGAGGUACCACUGGAGCCACCAGAGUGACAUUCAAAUGACGCCGUCUCCGCCUUCUAACAAGAGGCUGAAUGGGGUUUGAAAAUAGCACCCCUUGUGUUCAGUGCCAGUAUUACAGAAUAUCCCGGGAUGGCACAAGGUCGGUAUGACAAUCAGGAUACCGUGUAUACCUAUAGUAUACACUAUAAUCUUUUAACUAUAGUAAUACUACUGCAUUUAUACUAUAGUAAAUUGUAAAUACUACAGUAAAGUCCACAAAAACACGACAGUAAAUACUAUAGUAUAUAAUUAUAGUAAUACUACAGCAUUUACAAUGCCUUAGGAAAGUAUUCAGACCCCUUGACUUUUUCCACAAUUUGUUAGGUUACAGCCUUAUUCUAAAAUGUAUUUAAAAAAAAAAAUCCUCAUCAAUUUACACACAAUACCCCAUAAAGACAUGUUUGCUCAUUUAUAAAAUAAACGGAAAUAUCAUAUUUACAUAAGUAUUCAGACCCUUUACUCAGUAUUUUGUUGAAGCACAUUUGGUAGCGAUUACAGCCUCGGAUCUUCUUGGGUAUGACGCUACAAGCUUGGCACACCUGUAAUUGGGGAGUUUCUCCCAUUCCUCUCUGCAGAUCCUCACAAGCUCUGUCAGGUUGGAUGGGGAGCGUUGCUGCACAGCUAUUUUCAGGUCCCUCCAGAGAUGUUUGAUCGGGUUCAAGUCCGAGCUCUGGCUGGAUCACUCAAGGAAAUUCAGAGACUUUUCCUGAAGCCACUCCUGUAUUGUCUUGGAUGUGUGCUUAGGGUCAUUGUCCUGUUGGAAGGUGAACCUUCGCCCCAAUCUUAGGUCUUGAGCGCUCUGGAACAGGUUUUCAUCAAGGAUCUCUGUACUUUGCUCCAUUCAUCUUAGCCUCCAUUCUGACUAGUCUCCCAGUCCCUGCUGCUGAAAAGCAUCCCCACAGCAUGAUGCUGCCACCACCAUGCUACACCAUAGGGAUGGUGCCAGGUUUCCUCCAGACGUAACGCUUGGCAUUCAGGUCAAAGAGUUACAUCUUGGUUUCAUCAGACCAGAGAAUCUUGUUUCUCAUAGUCUGAGAGUCCCUAGGUGCCUGUUGGCAAACUCCAAGCAGGCUGUCAUGUGCCUUUUUACUGAGGAGUGGCUUCCGUCUGGCCACUCUACCAUAAAGGCCUGAUUGGUGGAGGGCUGAAGAGAUGGUUGUCCUUCUGGAAGGUUCUCCCAUCUCCACAGAGGAACUCUAGAGCUCGGUCAGAGUGACCAUCGGGUUCUUGGUCACCUCCCUGACCAAAGCCUUUCUCCCGAUUGCUCAGUUUGGCCGGGCGGCCAGCUCUAGGAAGAGUCUUGGUGGUUCUAAACUUCUUCCAUUUAAGAAUGAUGGAGGCCACUGUGUUCUUGGGGACCUUCAAUGCUGCAGAAUUGUUUUGGUACCCUUCCCCAGAUCUGUGCCCCGACACAGUCCUGUCUCUGAGCUCUACGGACAAUUCCUUCGACCUCAUGUCUUGGUUUUUGCUCUGACAUGCACGGUCAACUGUCGGUCCAAUCAAUCGAAUUUACCACAGGUGGACUACAAUCAAGUUGUAGAAACAUCUCAAGGAUGAUCAAUGGAAACAGGAUGCACCUGAGCUCAAUUUUGAGUCUCAUGGCAAUGGGUCUCGGUCUGAAUACUUAUGUAAAUGAGGUAUUUCUGUUUUUUGAUUUAAUAAAUGUGCUAAUAUAAAAAAUUUAAAAAACAGUUUUUGCUUUGUCAUUAUGGAGUAUUGUGUGUAGAUUGCUGAGGAUUUUUCUUAAUAUAUUUUAGAAUAAGGCUGUAAUGUAGCAAAAUGUGGAAUAAGUCAAUGUGUCUGAAUACUUUCCGAAGGCACUGCAUACUAUAGUAUUUUUUAAAUGUGGGGAGCUAUUCCUGAAUGUUGCAAUGUUAUAGACAGGUCUAUCUUGUUCAAGACUGAUGUUUUUGAAUUUGUAGAAGAGGAUGAGGCUACAUGUGUAUAAAGAAAAGCAUAAAAGCAUAAAGAAAAUACAAAAAGCAUCUAACACAUUAACAAGGUCUACAGUUAGUAACUACACUGAACAAAAAUAUAAACGCAACAUGCAACAAUUUCAAAGAUUUUACUGAGUUACAGUUUAUAAAAAAACAUAUGGAAAUCAGUCAAUUCAAAUACAUUCAUUAGGCCCUAAUCUAUGGAUUUCAUUUGAUGGUCACAGGUACCUUUAAAAAAAGGUAGGGGCGUGGAUCAGAAAAUCAGUCAGUAUCUGGUGUGACCACCAUUUGCCUCAUGCUGAGCAUCACCUCCUUCACAUAGAGUUGAUCAGGCUGUUGAUUGUGGCCUGUUGUUCCACUCAUCUUCAAUGGCUGUGCGAUGUUGCUGGAUAUUGGCUGGAACACACUGUCUUACACGUCGAUCCAGAGCAACCCAAACAUGUUCAAUGGGUGACAUGUCUGGUGAGUAUGGAAGAACUGGGACAUUUUCAGCUUCCAGGAAUUAGGUACAGAUCCUUGCGACAUGGGGCCGUGCAUUAUCAUGCUGAAACAUGAGGUGAUGGCGGCAGAUGAAUGGCAUGACAAUGGGCCUCAAGAUCUCGUCACGGUAUCUCUGUGCAUUCAAAUAGCCAUUGAUAAAAUGCAAUUGUGUUCGUUAUCUGUAGCUUAUGCCUGCCCAUACUAUAACCCCACCGCCACCAUGGGGCACUCUGUUCACAGCGUUGACGUCAGCAAACUGCUCGCCCAUGCGACGACAUACAUGCUGUCUGCCAUCUGCCUAGUACAGUUGAAACCAGGGAUUCAUCUGUGAAGAGCACACUUCUCCAGCGUGCCAGUGGCCAUCAAAGGUGAGCAUUUGCCUACUGAAGUCAGUUACGACGCCAAACUACUGUGAGCUUCCCUGAUACAGUUUCUGCAGAAAUUCUUCAGUUGUGCAAACCCACAGUUUCCUCAGCUGUCUGGGUGGCUAGUCUCAGACAAUCCCGCAAGUGUUGAAGCCGGAUGUGGAGGUCAUGUGCUGGCGUGGUUACACGUGGUCUGCGGUUGUGAGAAAUGAACAUGUAAUUCUCUGGCAACAGCUCUGGUGGACAUUCCUGCAGUCAGCAUGCAAAUUGUAUGCUCCCUCAACUUGAGACAUCUGUGGCGUUGUGUGACAAAACUGCACAUUUUAGAGUGGCCUUUUAUUGUCCGCAGCACUUGGUGCACCUGUGUAAUGAUAAUGGUGUUUAAUCAGCUUCUUGAUAUGCCACACUUUUUAGGUGGAUGAUUUAUUUGAGCAAAGGAGAAAUGCUCACUAACAGGGAUGUAAACAAAUUUGUACACAGCAUUUUAGAGAAACAAGCUUUUUGUGUAUGUUGAACAUUUCUGGGAUCUUUUAUUUCGGCUCAUGAAACAUGGGAUCAACACUUUACGUGUUUCGUUUAUAUUUUUGUUCAGUGUAUGUUCUCAAGUGACCAAUUCAUAUUUUCUCAAUCUGAGAGUUGAAUAUGUAAUGCUCAAUUCUAAUAACUAACUUACCCUCCAAUGCAUGUUUCCAUUGGCUGUCAAAACCCUUUGACUCCUGUUUUCUCAGGUUCAGGACAGACCUGCUCCGCCUACUAAGCCACUCCCCCCUGACCCUGUCUUAAAACAAGCCCAG